AUGUACGCUGCUGCAGGAGGAACUAGCAUUGCUAAUCGAAGAAAACAGAAGCAAAUCAGCAAACAACGACCUUUGCAAAUUUUGAACGGCCCAACAACUUCGCGUGGUAGAUAUAUUGCCGAGUCAGAAUUGUGUAUCUCAAAAAAUGCAAGAAGCCACACGCUUGCACAGCAGAAUUUAGUCGUAUCUCAACAAUGUCACUAUUCUGCACCAUCAUCCACAUUUUACAAUUCUUCCCAGGUUAAUCAUCGAAAUCAUACGCACAAUCGCCAUUAUUUUAAACGUCAAAGACUGAUUUCUGAAAAAGUGAAGCCACAUCGUUUUCUGGCACCUCGGCUUUCGCCGAUUCAAUUUUCCAUAUCACCACCGCCACUCUCAUUGGAGUCGACAACCUCCACCACGCAUCCAUUAAAAUUCAACAAUUUUCCAUUUCCACCGCCAUCAUUUUUUGAUUUAAGAAUAUCGUCUUCCACUUCUGAAAUACAGAAAAAAAAGGUCCCAGAUGAUGAGAUGAUUUCCAAUACAAUCUAA